UACCCGGGAGGCCUCGAGCGGUUCAUUCUACUGUCUUUCGGUUUCCAGGUGCUACUUGGGAGACCCCCGGCUAUCGCGUUCCGACCUCUUGCUUCUUCAGAGUGCCUGUGCUACCUGGGUCCCCGAGUGGAGAGGAUGACGGAGGAACUGGAUCUAACACAACAAGACUCUGAUGCGGGUAGUGAAGAGGUGGUCCUAACUCCUGCAGAGCUCAUUGAAAGGCUGGAGCAGGCUUGGAUGAAUGAAAAGUUUGCCCCUGAACUGCUAGAAAGCAAGUCUGAAAUUGUAGAGUGUGUUAUAGAACAACUAGAUCACAUGGAAGAAAAUCUCAAGAGAGCCAAGAAGGGGGAUCUGAAAGUCAGUAUCCAUCGAAUGGAGAUGGAGAGAAUUCGCUACGUCCUCAGCAGCUACUUGCGGUGUCGACUCAUGAAGAUAGAAAAGUUUUUUCCUCACAUCCUUGAGAAGGAGAAAAUGCGACCCGAGGGGGAGUCUUCCUACCUUUCUCCAGAGGAGUUUGCCUUUGCCAAAGAGUACAUGGCUCAUACUGAGGCCUAUCUUAAAAACGUCGCCUUAAAGCACAUGCCUCCCAACUUACAGAAGGUGGACCUCUUAAGGGCAGUUCCAAAACCAGAUCUAGAUUCAUAUGUGUUUCUGAGAGUGAAAGAACGACAAGAAAACAUACUAGUAGAACCAGAAACAGAUGAGCAGAGGGACUAUGUUAUUGACUUGGAAGAGGGCUCACAGCACUUGAUCCGAUAUAAAACUAUUGCACCUCUUGUUGCUUCCGGAGCAAUACAGCUAAUUUAAAAAUAAGCAUGAACACAUGGAAUCAGAAAAUAUUAGAAACCUUUCAUCACUUUGUACUUAAGAACAAUAUUGAAAUAGUUCUCCACACAGCAGACUUCUCAGAGAUGUUGUGGAUCACUUGGGCACUGAAAAGAAGUCAAGGCAGGAUUCUUAAUAUUGCCGUAACAUCAUCCUCAUCUCCUGCCAUUUUAGCCAGUAUCAGCAGAUGGGGCCAUUGCUCUAUUUAUUCUGCAAACUAGGCAAAUAAAUACGCUGUCACUUUGUGCACCUUUUUUCUUUGUGGCUUUUUGUUGUUCAUACCUUGUUCAUAAAAUGGCAAUACUGCCUAUGAUCAGAGGAAUGUAUUUAGCCCUAAUCUGAUGACAGCAGGAGAGUUCGUUAAACCUUCCAGGUAAGAAAACUAAAUAGAUUAAAGAAAACAGCUGUGGUCUACUAUAAUAUGUCAUUGGAUUGUGUGAACUAACCUUUGGAACCUCCAAUAUUGAACUUAAACCCAAUUUCUGUCAUGCUUAACUGAAAAUCACAACUAAACCAAUAAGCCAUUAUUACAUUUGAGGUUCAUGGCAGAAGCAGCCUUGGGCCAGCUCUCAGCUUGUGGUCUCAUGCAGUGUGUUCUGGCUGUUGACCUGCAGCCCUCCUGAGCCUCAGACAACUCUGCCAGGCCAUCCUUCAGCCAUCUGGCCAUUCUUGGCCAAGUCUCUGAGCCAAGCAGCAUCAGCUGUCCCAUAUUGUGAGUUCAGCAGUAGCUUUUCUCCUUUAAACUCUUCCCUUUCUCCAUGGAAAAGAAUGAAAUGGACCUAAUGUAAAUGAAGAGUCUCAGUGAUACCUGAAGGAAAGAGAUAUAGACAGCAAAUGAA